CCCGGGGUGACCCAGGGCGACUGCGAGGACAGAUCUCAUGAGGGCCAUCCCAUGACCCCGAGCAGAUAUGUAUGAUGACAUUCACAGUGAAGCCAGAUACUCGCUCAGUCGGUCCAGAGAAAGCCUGAGAGGAGAGGUGUUUCCGGAGCCUUCCUUCAGAUCCAGCACCCCUUCCCUGAGUGACGAGAGUUUCUUACACAAAGACUUGGAUCUUUCCCACACUGAUUCUCGGGACCAGGUCUUUGGCCACCGGAAAUCGGGACAUUUCCAUUCUCAGGACUGGAAAUUUGCACUCCAUAGCUCUUGGGAACAAGACUGUGGUCAUUCAAUUUCCCAAGACUCCUCUAGAUCACAGGAGUAUACUUUGAGCCCUUCUGCGAUAUUGGAGGACUUUGGCUCCUCUCGGCUGCUUGAUAAGAAGUGUUUGGAAAAGGAGAGUCAGAAUUUCGACAUGGAUCAUCCAGGUGAGGCAAACCCCGGGCACUGGAGCAGCAGCCAGGCACCCAGCAGAGGCCGAGUUCUCAACAUCGCUGACCCGGAAAGUGCUCUCCUAGGGAAGGAGGAGACACAGGCCAUACUCAAGGCCAAAGGGGAUGUUGGGAAACUUGUCGCACUAAGAAACAUGAACACUAAGAAAACGCCCACUAUAAACCGUAUUGCUUCCAAAUCUCAGGCCACUAACCAAAUUCCGAAAAUCACCCUAAAUCCUGAUGUGAUCCUGGGCACCCAAGACCUCCAUUUUCCUGUGCCGAAGAUCCCCUUGGGGCUCGACCUGAAGAACAUCCGGCUCCCCAGAAGAAAGAUGAACUUUGACAUAGAUAAAACUGAUGUCUUUUCAAGGUUUGGGAUCGAAAUCAUCAAAUGGGCAGGAUUUCACACCAUAAAAGAUGAUAUCAAAUUUUCCCAACUUUUUCAGACUCUCUUUGAGCUGGAAACCGAGACCUGUGCUAAAACGCUGGCCUCAUUCAAAUGCUCCUUGAAGCCAGAGCACAGAGAUUUUUGUUUUUUUACUAUUAAAUUUUUAAAGCACUCCGCUUUGAAAACACCCCGAGUUGAUAAUGAGCUUUUAAACCUGCUUUUAGACAAAGGUGCUGUGAAAACCAAAAAUUGCUUUUUUGAAGUCAUAAAGCCCUUUGACAAGUACAUAAUGAGGCUCCAGGACCGACUUCUGAAAAGCGUCACACCCCUGCUCAUGGCCUGCAACGCGUAUGAGCUCAGUGUUAAGAUGAAGACUCUCACCAACCCCCUGGACCUGGCCAUCGCUCUGGAGACCACCAACUCUCUCUGCCGCAAGUCCCUGGCCCUUCUGGGACAGACCUUUUCCUUGGCCUCUUCCUUCAGGCAGGAGAAAAUCUUAGAAGCUGUUGGCCUCCAAGACAUAGCUCCCUCACCUGCCGCAUUUCCAAACUUCGAGGACUCCACCUUGUUUGGCAGAGAGUACAUAGACCAUCUGAAGGCCUGGCUGGUCACCAGUGGGUACCCGCUCCGCAUCAGGAAGGUUGUGCCUGAGCCAAUGCAAGAGGAGGAGGAGAAAGUCCCUUCCACGCAACCGGACGUCCCGCCCAAGGCCCUGAGUGACCAGAGUGAUGCUGUGCCCCAGCGAGCAGGCCACAAGGUGGUGGAGACCAUUGACAAACUGGUCAUGCGUAUUGUAGAAGGCAGCCUGUCUCCCCGAGAGAGAGCCGCACUUAAGGAGGAUCCCGCUUACUGGUUCCUGUCAGAUGAGGACAGCCUGGAGUAUAAGUAUUACAAACUGAGGUUGGCUGAAGUGCAGCAGGCGACACAGGCCCCAAGCAACAGUGGCCGAUCACCAAGCUCAGCUGAGUGUGCUGUCCGGGCCAUGCUGUACGCCAGGGCCAUGCAGAGGAUCAAGAGGCGCCUUCUCCCAGGGCGGCGGCGGCGGGGCCUCCUCCGUGCCCAGGGAUCCCGAGGUUGGAAGUUGAGGGUCUCGAGCACCAGCACCCACAUGCUCCUUUCAUCAAGCAUGAAGCUGCGGCACCAGGGUCGGGGGUCAUCCACGAAGCUGCCUGGGGAUGCUGCUGCACAGGACUCCCCGGAGCCUGCCGCACCUGCUCCUCAGGACCCCAACUUGGAGGCCUCAGGCACAGCACCCGAGCCAGAGCGAGUGGGUGCCCCUGAAGCCUCUCAGCCCGGUUCUCCUUGCCCAUCUACCGACGUUGAUGAAAAAACAAUGGAGACAGCGGAGAAGCUGGCGCGGUUCGUGGCUCAGGUGGGACCAGAGAUUGAGCAGUUCAGCAUCGAGAACAGCGCUGACAACCCUGAUCUGUGGUUCCUGCAUGACCAGAACAGCUCAGCUUUCAAGUUUUAUCGGAAGAAAGUAUAUGAACUGUGCCCCUCAAUUUGUUUCCCCUCAUCGCCACCCACUGUCCAGGCAGACUUCCAGGAGGGGGAUGGGGUGUGUGGGGAGGCACGCCCCCCGCAGGAGGCUGAACUGGAAGAAGACGAGGAGGAGGAUGACGAGGAGACCCCUGCACUUGGAGAGGCCUCUCAGCCUGAAGGAGCGGCCGACAUUUCCGUGGGCUCUGAGGGUAGCACCCCCACAGAUGGCCUCCCAAGCACAGCCACUGAAGACGACCCGGCCAGCACCCCAGCCCCGUCUCAGGCCACCACAGGGACCUGCUUUCCCCGAAAGAGGGUCAGCAGCAAAUCGCUCAAGGUUGGCAUGAUCCCAGCCCCCAAGAGGGUGUGUCUCAUCCAGGAGCCCAAAGUUCACGAGCCAGUUCGAAUUGCCUACGACAGACCCCGGGGCCGUCCCAUGUCCAAAAAGAAGAAGCCCAAGGAUUUGGAAUUCGCCCAGCAGAAGCUGACAGACAAGAAUGUGGGCUUCCAGAUGCUCCAGAAGAUGGGCUGGAAGGAGGGCCAUGGCCUGGGCUCCUGUGGGGGUGGCAUCCGGGAGCCAGUCAGUGUGGGCACUGCCUCGGAAGGUGAGGGGCUGGGGGCUGACGGGCAGGAGCACAGAGAGGACACCUUUGAUGUCUUCCGCCAGAGGAUGAUGCAGAUGUACAGACACAAGCGGGCAAACAAGUAGGGUGCCCUGAAAGGAUGGCGACAUCGGGAAGUGCUGGCCAGCCACCUGGUGCUGACUACUCAUCUGUCACUGGGACCCGAGGAGGUUUCAGAGUGUUUGGUCCUUGUUAACCUAGCUGACGUUGUGGUGUUACAAAGGGGGAGGGUGUUGUGAAUGUUGUUCAUCUCGUAGCAGUUGCAAUAAACGUAGAAGAAACUGGGCCCCUUC